ACGAACUCGGUACCAACGGAAGUCGUCCCAAAGCUUCUGGUCUCGUGGACUCGCUCUCCCGAUUUACCUGCUAAUACAGGAGACAAUACGUACAAAAAAGAAAAACAAAAAAAGAAAACAAAAAAAAAAAAUAAAUUGGCAAGAGGAAACUUUUCAACUUGUAUCGUUCACACGCCGAGACUGGAAGCAAGCCUGAGGAGGGUUUUCCACGAGUGUGAAAUCGACGCGAGACGAACGAGAAAAUAAGCUCGGAAAAUACAAUCCGAUCGGCGAAUACAAAGACUUCAGAAGACUCCUGAGAGCCUCAAAGAAUUUUUACGAUAAUCCUAGUCAAGAGAAACAAUGGUACGUGAAGGUCGCGUAACAAACGGAGCGGUCCUCUUGAUCGCGUUGGUCCUCCUGAACGUUCUGUACACCAUCGACGGUCAAGUCUCGUACAAAAAGGCACGGCUGCAGAAAUUGUGCUCCAGGAAGCUGAGCGACGCCUUGCACAUCGUGUGCCAGGAACGCGGCUACAAUGAGCCGUAUUCGAAUAGCAACGAGGAUAACACGGGAGUCUAUCGCGGAGUUGUCGAGGAGUGCUGUUAUCACGCGUGCACCUACGAACAGCUCGAACGAUAUUGCAAGCCCCUUCCCGAGGAGGAACAGAGCAUCACAGAAGACGAAAAUGAUUUACAAACAAAGCUAGCUUCUCAAAAUCUAUUCGCGACAACUCUGUGGGAGCAACCUCUGCAAACCUCUGCAUCGAAGAUGGACGCCGUGGCCGGCGCCGUGACAAAACGUAAAAGCGAUGACUUAAAUGCGAGGGGAAGGCUGAUGCGAAAAAGCGACGUCGCGGCAGGCACUGCAGAUGCCGAGGUCGGCAUCUAGAGUGCCAUGCUGAUAAGGUUUUUCAUGGCAUUACUAAGUAGCCACUAAAUAGCCAGUUAGACAACAAAUUCGUAUCAAUAUUGACGACAGAUCAGCCGACGACGUUUCCCUCCGUAUCGUAAUGCGGUGCUAAAAAUUCAAUACGAUCGAUCGUCUAUCGUCUCUACGAAAAAUCGGAAUAAGGAGACCUUUCUGAGCAUCUGGUAUCCUCAGAUCGAGGUCUUCUUCUUCUUCUUCAUCCGCCCAUCUUCAAUCCGUCAUUCUCUUAUUGAUGACAUCGGCGAAAUAAUUGACGAAGUUUACACCCCGGAUGAGCACUCGCAGAGAAAGGAAAAUUCGAAGCAGAUAUAUUCGAGCAGAUAUAUCGAUCCGAAAAGGAAUGAUUCUCGUGCAAGAGAGAUUAUUUACAGAAGAAAAUUUAGCUUCAUCGGUGCUAAUAGAUCAGCGACGAUGUCAUCCAUCAAUUUCGGAGGAACUCACAAUCGAGGGAUCUUGGAGGAUCGACGAUUGCUCGACGAUAUCGACGGAAACGAAUAUGCGGCUGUUCCAAUAAUGUUUCUCUUCAGUGUUAAAAAACAAUGGCGUUAAAGAAAAAAGCAAAUUUCGAUGGCGGCUUGUGGAGGAGUCGCGGACUAUAUCGAAUAUAAUAAGUGAUGAACUCGAAUUAGAAUGCAAUUUAGAAUAUCGGGUCGCGACCUCGAAAAAAAAAAA